UGUAAAUAGGCUGCCUAGCUAGGCAAACCUCCCGUCCCAUUUCCAACCAAUGUUUAUAUGAUUGUUUCAUAUCUAUUUGUAUAUAAAGAGAGAGAUAAAGCAGAAGCUGCGAUCACAAGGAGAUAGUGCGUAGUGAGAGAUGGAGAAAGAGUACCCAAGCUGUGAUCUUUACAGGGAGUGCUUGAGAAACCAUGCAGCCAGCCUUGGUAGCUACGCCACCGACGGCUGCGGGGAGUUCACGCUUGACCACACCUCUCUUUCUACCCUACAAUGCGCUGCAUGCGGUUGCCACCGCAAUUUCCACCGCAAAGUCAGCUAUUGCAAUAGCAACAGCAGGAGUCGAGGGGAUCCGGUAGAGCGGGUUGAUUAUGGAGAUGACGGAGGAAGACCACCCGUCCUGCUGGAGUACUCAACCGAGGCGGGAGCCAGAAGCGGAAAAAAGCGGUUUCGGACAAAGUUCACGGCGGAGCAGAAGGAGAAGAUGUUGGAGUUUGCUGAAAAACUGGGGUGGAGGCUGCAAAGGAGAGACGAGGAAGACCAAGUUGAUAAAUUUUGUAGAGGAAUAGGGGUGAGUAGGCAAGUGUUCAAGGUUUGGAUGCAUAACCACAAGAACACUUCCACUGCUUCCUCUGUGUCUACCUGCAAUGCAUCUUCUCUUACAACCCCAUAGACAAAUCCGUCAUGUUUUUAUGUACGCUCUCACGCUUCUUUGUUUUCUCAAAACUUAUAAUAUGUUAGCAUGCACAUUUCCCAAGAUGUAGACCCUAAAGAAUAACACAAUGCCAAUGAAUUCUUACCUUCUCGGUCA